UUUUGUGACUGCAAUGCCUUAUAGAGGCGAUGGGCGUUUCUGGACGCAGAUGGCGCUGUUGAGCAUAUAUUUUGUUUCAGUCCCGUUUCCCUCCAUGGUGUCUCCUCUCUCCGACUAACUUAGCGUUUGGCUCAGUUCAUUAUACAGUCCUAUAUUCUCCCUCCAUUAGGGCAUCUCUGCCUUUGGACUGAAGAUCCCACCAAAACCCACGAGAGAAAAGUUUUACUUUCAUAGGGCAAGAUGGACAUGAAAAAGAGGAUCCACUUGGAGCUAAGAAACAGGACACCGUCUGAUGUACGAGAACUUGUCCUUGACAAUUGUCGAUCUGUUGAAGGAAAAAUCGAAGGCCUCACAGCUGAGUUUGUCAACCUGGAAUUCCUUAGCUUGAUAAAUGUUGGCUUAAUGUCAGUCUCCAACUUGCCCAAACUAGGAAAACUUAAAAAGCUGGAGUUGAGUGACAACAGAAUUAGUGGCGGCCUUGAUGUUUUAGCAGAGAAACUACCCAACCUCACACAUCUAAACCUGAGUGGCAACAAAUUGAAAGACAUCAGCACAUUGGAACCGUUGAAAAAGCUGGAUAACCUGAAGAGUUUGGACCUGUUCAACUGUGAAGUGACAAACCUGAAUGACUACAGAGAGAGUGUGUUCAAGCUGCUGCCCCAGCUUACCUACCUGGAUGGUUAUGACAUGGAGGAUAGGGAGGCCUCUGAUUCUGACGGAGAGGUGGAUGGAGAUGGCGUAGAUGACGAUGAAGAUGAAGAAGGAGAGGAGGAGGAAGAUGAGGAUGGAGAGGAGGAGGACUUUGACGAGGAGGAGGAGGACGAGGAAGACGAAGAGGAGGUAGAAGGAGAAGAGGACGAUGAUGACGUCAGCGGAGAAGAUGAGGAGGAAGACUUGGGUCAGGAUGGGGAAGUAGAUGAAGAAGAUGAUGAUGACGAUGAUGAUGAAGAGGCAGAAGCUGGCAAAGGAGAGAAGAGAAAGCGAGACCCAGAGGAUGAGGACGACGAUGACGACGACGACGACGACGAUUAAGAGCAAAACGGAAAACGAGAGCUUUCCGAGUUACCCUUACUCCCCCACAAACCCGAACGUCCGCCCUCCUACAACUCGCACCGCCUUUGUAAUCCACGUCAACCCCCCAGCUCUGAGCUCUUUUUAUGGGACAAGACUGUACCGGAUGGGUGGGCCGAGUGGAGCUGCCGACCCCUUUUUUUCUCCCCACCAUGGAACUGAGAGCCACCAAACACCCUCCACCUCACCCACCCCACGGCCCCCAGGUUCUCAGGCAGCCCAGCACUCAGCAUUCCACAAUUUCACUGUCGACCCCUCUUUAUGUAUUCCCGUGUGAGGACUUUGGGACUGGUAUCUAGUUUUGGGUCUGUGCUUUUAAUAUUUUGUUGGAUGAAUUAUUUUUUGUUGUUGGGUUUAUUAUUUCUCUUUUUUUUUGUCUAUUUUUUUUCUUCUGUUCCUUAUUUUUCCCAAUCAAAUUAUUGCUAUAGCAGCUGUGCAACCAGCGAGCCAUGAUUUUUAGUGUGGCUGCCUGUUGCACAAAUCAAAGUUGUAGCUACAUUUUUACUUUCUGUAUGACAAAAAAAAAAAAUUUGUAAAUAAAAUGUUAA